CCCGGGGCCCGCAUCGCCCGCCCGGGACGCCAUGGACGGGCCGGCCGCUGGAGACACGGGGCCCGCGGCGCCCGAGGGUGCGGGUGCGCCCCGGCCAGGGCCGCCCGCGCGCCCCACGUCCUUCUCGGUGCUCGACAUACUGGACCCCAACAAGUUCAACAGCCGCCGGCGCCGCUGCGCGCUGCCCGCGCCCGCCGCCCGCACCCCCGCGCCCGCCGCGCCCGCCGCCAGCACCCCGGGGCCCCCCGCGCCCGCCGCCUGCACCCCGGGGCGCCCCCCGCGCGCCGACCCGCCCGAGCAGCGCGCACCUGCCGCCAGCGCCGCCGGAGCUGCCAGCCGAGCCGAGCCGCCGCGUGAGUGGGGCCGGGGUGGCCGGGCCGGGCCGGGCGGACAGGGGCCGGGGUGGCCGGACGUGUCCAGAGGUGUUAGGGGGCGCUCAGGGGUGGCCGAGGGCAUCCGGGGGUGUCCAGAGGUGGCUGGAGGGGCCGUUAUUGAUCGGAGAAUCGCAUUCGACCGGCUCCAAAUUGCUUUCACCGCCCCUCUCCACCUCCCUCACUGGGCUUUCCCUCACGGGGACCCCGAGCUUCCCGGGUGUGGGGACCCCGAGCUUCCCGGGUGUGGGGACCCCGAGCUUCCCGGGUGUGCGGGACCCCGAGCUUCCCGGGUGUGGGGACCCCGAGCUUCCCGGGUGUGCGGGACCCCGAGCUUCCCGGGUGUGCGGGACCCCGAGCUUCCCGGGUGUGGGGACCCCGAACUUCCCGGGUGUGGGGACCCCGAGCUUCCCGGGUGUGGGGACCCCGAGCUUCCCAGGUGUGGGGACCCCGAGCUUCCUGUGUGGAGCAAUGCCGCCGACCCCUCGCGAGCGGCAGAGGCCCGAGGCUACAGCAGCGGAGACGAUGCGCCCGAUGCCGAGGCCGAGGCCGAGGCCGAGGCGGACGGCGCAGGGGAGGCCCCCGCAGCCCCCCGGGACUCGCCCCCCGCGCCCCCCGGGCCCCCGGGCCCCAAGCCCAAGCGGAAACGCGCAGGCGCGGACGCCAAGUCGGGGAAGCCGCGACGGGCCCGCACCGCGUUCACCUACGAGCAGCUGGUCGCCCUGGAGAACAAGUUCAAGGCCACGCGCUACCUGUCGGUGUGCGAGCGCCUCAACCUGGCGCUGUCGCUCAGCCUGACCGAGACGCAGGUCAAGAUCUGGUUCCAGAACCGCCGCACCAAAUGGAAGAAGCAGAACCCGGGCGCCGACUCCAGCGCGCCCAGCGGCGGGGCGGGGGCCGGGGGCGCUGCGGGGCCGGGGCUGCCCGGGGGGCUCAGCCCGCUCAGCCCGUCGCCCCCGCUGGGCGCCCCCCUGCUGCACGGCGCUCCCGCCUAUCCCGCGCACGGCCCCGGCGGCCUGGUGUGCGCCGCCGCCCCGCUGCCCUUCCUGCCCACGCCCGCCGUGCUCUCGCCCUUCGUGCUGGGCUCCCAGGCCUACGGCGCCCCCGCCUUCUACGCGCCCCACCUCUGA